ACACCAGAUGUAUUAUCUGCUCGCGCAGUCAGUCACACGCGAGGUGGUGUCUCAAGUCUCGUUCGGGUUGCUUGUGGACAUAGACAGGCGCGAGCGUGUACUGUUACACAAUCUUGUAUUAUAGGACAUCUACUGUCUGAAUGUACACCUGUUGAUGUCACUGCCUUUAGAAUGGUGUCGUAUUUACGUAACCAUGUUCAAAGUUACCGCUGGAAGACAUCGGUCGAAGCUGAAGUCGUGUAUCUACUGCUUUGCUAUCAUCCUCAUCACCAACGUCGUCUUGCUGUCGUCGCUGUCACGGCUACUCACGCCGACAACGGAGAUGUGGUUACCAAAACUUCGUAAGAACGCUACACGGAAACACGGGACCUUUGUGCAGAAAUUCCCCAAUAAAAGAACCAACUUGAACAGAACAUUACAAAUCUUGCUCUGGACGCCAUGGUUUGGUGAUGCAUCCUGGGUAACAAAUUUCGAGUCCGCAUUUUCGCCCUGCCCUGUGUCUGACUGUGUGUUGACCAGCGAUAAGUCGGCCAUAGCUGACAGUCACGCUGUCGUAUUUCAUGCGAUGGAUUUACUGAAUUAUUUCUUAGGAUAUCCCAUGCCUGAAUAUCGCAGAAACGACCAAGUGUGGGUUUUGUACAAUAUCGAACCACCUCCUAACAUCGCCACGGACUUCCGGUCGUACGGAGGAGUGUUCAACUGGACGUCAUCGUACAGGACAGAGAGUGACAUACGGCUGCCUUAUUUCAGCAUAGAGAAGCUGCCCCAGAAAACAAGCAAUGUCAAGGACAUUGCAGCCACGAAGACAGCGGGGGUCUUCUGGGUGGCCAGUAACUGCGGCGACCAAGCGAGACGACAGAUGGUGGUGAGAGAAUUACAAAAACACAUCCAAGUAGAUACGUAUGGGAAAUGUGGUGAAUAUGAAUUGACAAACAUGGAUGACAUUAAGCAUUAUAAAUUUUAUAUGGCUUUAGAAAACUCGUAUUGCCGCGACUACAUCACUGAAAAGUUUGCAACUCCGCUGAACCACCAGCAGAUCCCAAUUGUGGUUGGCGGCGGGGAUUACCGUAAGGUGGCGCCACCACACUCCUACAUUGACAUCAGUGAUUUCAACACCAUUCAGGAGCUGGCAGAAUACCUCAAGUAUCUGGACAAAAAUGACACUGCUUAUAACAGUUACUUUGACUGGACCCGAGAAUAUCGCCUGAGCAGCGCUAAUCACAUCGAAAAUUUAUUCUGUAAAUUGUGUGAAGCUCUCCAUGACGGGACCCGCUCUCAUCAGACCUACACCGACAUACAGGGAUUCAUACAGGAUGACACGUGCCAAACAUGGACGCUAUCGGGAUUCUUGUACCAACAUAUCCAGGGUUACGGCAUUAAACUGGGCCUGAUAUGACAUGCCGAUGUCGCUUUGAGCGGCGGGAGUUCGUCUACAAAACGUGACUGGAGUCCCGUCUACUGAAAUGAGGGGACAGGCGUAGGCCCAAUCUCCUUCCCAGAGUUCCAUGCGGCCGGAGUUGUCGAAUUCUGUGACGUGACGACUCUAAACAGCAUUUCUUGGUCCUCGGUAGCAAAUAAAUACAAAACAGAG